AGUUGCUGUACUAUUUACUGUUUGAACGGGUGUCUCUUCAACAUGAUAAAAGUUGGUGAGUCAUUUACCCCCAUUAACGCUGUACAUCUGAGUGGCCGUCAAGAUCACAUAGCUUCCCGCGAAAUCUUCACAGAUGAAGGUGAUAACACUGUUUCUGGUAGUGGCAGCACUGGCGGGGAGCGCAGCAGGAGUCUUACCACCCCCUGAGAAAUCUUACAAGCUCCUCAUGCUGCUUCCUGUCUCUGCUAAGAGUCACUGGAACAUGUUCAUGGCCAUAGCCGAAGCUUUGGCUGACCGUGGCCACAAGGUCGUGAUGAUCACCAACCAUCCAAAAGCUUCCACACAUCCAAACAUCCAUGAGAUCCAUCAUGGGCUGACGCAUAUGGAAUUACUUAACAUGUUUAACAAGGGAAAGGAAAUGUCUGGCGGUUUAUCAUCUUUUGAUAAUUUCUUACCAGCCAUGUCCUGGGACUUGUACAAAGUACCGUCAGUCAAGCAGUUGUAUGAAAAAAGGAAAGAAUUUGAUCUUAUUAUUGUCAACCACAUGUUUAAUGAAAUUGUGUAUCCGUUCGUGCACGAACUUCCCUUCAUCACUGUCGCCACCAUCGCGAUGGACCACCGCCAGAGUGCCGUCCUAGGGAAUGUUCUUAAUCCUUCCUACGCCCCCAACUCCCUCGUUGGUUACCGCUGUCCCUUGUCUUUGUGGCAGCGUGUCAAGAACACAGUUAUUCACUCCUGGUUACCGUUCUACUGGAGGAAGUGGGCUGUUGUUCCGCGCAUUCAGAAGGAGAUCUCAGCUCAAUUCCCUGAUCUGCCGCCGCUGCUGGACAUCGAGAGGAACCAGAGUCUGACACUGAUGAACACUCACUUCAGCAUUGCCACGCCGGUGCCUCUCCUGCCCUCACAGGUGGAGGUGGGCGCCAUACACUGCCGCUCCGCAAAACCCCUACCUCAGGAACUGGAGUCGUGGCUCACAGGAGCGGGUUCUGCGGGCGUCAUCUACUUCAGUCUUGGCUCAGUCGCACUCGGCAAAACCAUGCCGUUGAAGUAUCGCCAGGUCUUCCUGGAGGCUUUCCGCAGGCUGCCGCAGCGAGUCCUAUGGAAGUACGAGGGGGAGCUGCAGGGCGCGUCAGACAACGUCAGGGUCCGCAGCUGGCUGCCCCAGCAGGACAUACUUGCUCACAACAACGUAAAAGUGUUCAUCUCCCACGGCGGUCUCCUCAGCCUUCAGGAGUCCAUCUUUCAUGUUACACCCCUCCUCGUCCUGCCCAUCUUUAGCGACCAGCCAAGGAAUGGCAUGUUCGUGGAAAACUCGGAUAUUGGUCGUGUGUUAGUGUGGGAUGAACUUACUGCUGACAGGAUCGUCGACGCCCUCAAUGACAUCAUCAGCAACACAAAGUACAAGGAGAACGUGGCCAGGAUGUCGGCGUCUUUAAGGGAUCAACCGACGACCCCACAGGAGCGUGCGGUGUUCUGGACGGAGUAUGUCAUCCGCCACCGAGGGGCGCCCCAGCUGAGGUGUCCGGCCGCCCAGCUCUCCUGGGUGGAGUUCCUGAUGCUAGACGUGGUGGGUCUCCUGUUGCUGGCCCUGCUGCUGCUGCUGUUUCUCAUCCGACGACUCCUGAGGGCAGUCUCUGCCGUCCUCUUCAGUGAUCAUUCCAAAAAGAAAACUGCCUAGUUGUCUAACAUAAUUUAACCUUAUAUGAAUUAGUUCUACUUAACAUUAAAUGGAAAUGAAUGAC